GUCGCUUGAUGAAGAAUCAUCAGAGCAGAGCUAAACGGUCUAAAGAUUUCAUGGAAAACGCAUUUUCGCUUCUCUCAUCCCCUCUACAAUUCACCAAGAUUACUGUUCCUGGAGCUAGCAGUAUAAAUCAUAUAUCUAUAGACUCUUCUGACAACCUCUGGACGCACAAUUCCUCUAAAGAGCUCUUAAAAGUAGAUCGGAACGGAACAGUAUUACAAAGUCUUCCUAUCCGAUCCUUAUACAGCGGAUUUUAUGACACAACAGAAAAAGGAGGCCUGUUAUUUGUUGAUAUGACUGAGCAAAAAGUGAAAAAGUUUGGAACAGACGGCAACAUCGAUCUUCUGCUUACAACAGAGUGGGAACCAUAUUGUAUUCACUUUUCUCGAAUCAAUGGCGACAUCAUACUGGUACAGUUUACAAGAAUAUCAGAAGGAAGAUUUCUCAGUAAGGUCACAAGGCAUGACAGUACCGGCUGGACACAGGUCAUAGAGGAGGAUAAGAAAGGACGGCGACUGUAUGAGAACAUACCCCAAUACAUCACAGAGAACAGGAACGGGGAUAUCUGGACGUCGUCAAGCUGGGGUCAAGUCGUAGUAGUGGACAGCUCGGGACAUCAUCGCUUUAAUUAUGCAGGUCAAGCCUUCCAGUCCCAUUUCUCUCCCAGGGGUAUCUGUACUGACAUUUUAGGACAAGCAUUGGUGUGCAAUAGCUGGCAAAUUAAUCCUAGUGUUCAUCUACUUGAUCAGGACGGUCAGUUUCUACGUCUGUUGAUGACGUCAGAGGACGGUCUGCGGUCGCCUACUGGUGUGUGUAUUGAUAACAAACAAAACAUUUACGUUGGUCAACAGGUCAGUAGUACAAUUACUGUGUACAAGUAUCUAGACCUCACAUAAGCUUAGUGUUCCUAU